GUUCGCUGCAGGUGUUGGCCGCCGCCGCUGUAGUGAGGUGUGCGCAUGCGUCGUCGCCGCCACUACAUUUAAACUUGCCUCACCCAUGACCCCGUCAACAUCAUCCCAAAAGCGCAAGAUGAUGAAAAUGGAAGAAGGCGCUUGUGCGAAGGUGAUCCCUGUGAGGGUGGCUGUGCGUAUACGGCCGCUUAAUGGAAGAGAGACACGGGAAGGAUGCCAAGAAUGUCUUGAUGUAGCUGAUAAUUCCCCUCAGAUUAUUGUGCGAGGAACGGAGAAAGCGUUCACGUUUGACUACACAUAUGCAUCAGAGUCUUCAACAGCUGAGGUGUAUGAGACUGCUGUGAAAAGCUUGGUUCAGAAUUUAUUUAAAGGUUAUAAUGUGACUGUGGUAGCUUAUGGGCAGACAGGCUCAGGAAAGACACAUACAAUGGGCACAGCCUACACACAAGGUGAAUAUGAUGAAGACGAGGCUGGAGUCAUACCUCGCGUUGUGCAAGACAUCUUCCGUGGGGUCACCGGUAAAGGAGAUUGUGAAUUUUUGGUCAAGGUCUCAUUCAUUGAGCUCUACAAGGAGACCCUGUUUGACCUUCUGAGCACAAGAAGUAGAGAAGAAUGUGCUGUCGAUAUAAGGGAAGAUCCUAAGGAGGGCAUCAAAAUCAUUGGCCUCACCGAGAUUCCGGUAACAUCUCUUAACGAAACCAUGAGAUGUCUUGAACAGGGUGCUUUAAACAGAGCCACUGGUGCCACUGCCAUGAAUGCCAGAUCCAGUCGAUCACAUGCCAUUUUUUCGUUGCACAUAGAGCAGAGGAAUAUAAAAAAAGGAGAGAGUAUUAUUAGUUCAAAAUUCCACAUGGUUGACUUGGCUGGUAGUGAACGAGCCAAGAAGACGGGAGCAACAGGCGAGAGGUUCAAGGAAGGAGUGAACAUCAACAAAGGCUUGUUGGCUCUUGGCAAUGUGAUCUCUGCUCUCUGUGAAGAGGGGAAUAGAGGUCACAUUCCCUACAGAGACUCGAAGCUUACCAGACUGCUGCAAGAUUCUUUAGGUGGUAAUUCUCAUACUGUGAUGAUAGCAUGCGUGUCUCCCGCUGACAGUAAUCUUGAAGAGACUCUGAGUUCUCUGCGUUACGCUGACCGUGCUCGUAAAAUAAAAAAUAAACCGAUCAUAAACAGAGACCCCCAAGCUGCCGAACUGGCCAAGUUGAGGCAACAGGUUCAGCAGUUACAAGUACAGUUGUUGGCAUCAAGCAGUGGAGGCGGAGCAGCAGCAGCAGCAUCGGGUGAUGAAGUUGUUGCUCUUUUGACUCAAAAUAAAAUGUUGCAAGUAGAAAAUGAGAAACUGGCUCGAGCUCUUCAGACUGCAAAUGACGAAAAUACAAAUAUGGCUGAAAUAGCUCUUAUGGCUGAAAUGUCCAGAGAUCGCAUGAAAGUAAAGUUAGAAGAAUUGCGAGAACAGACUGGUACAACAGUAGAAGCUUUGAACAAAACAUUGGAUGCCACUGCUAAUCCACAGUAUGAAGGUCAAAUAAACCUGGUUAAGCAGUUGCAAUUGAAGAUAAUAGAACUACAGAGUGACCAGCGUAAAGGGGAGAAGGCCAUGGUGGACCAUGAACUUUCACGUCACAACAUCACCAGCACCGUGAUGCCCACUGAUGGCAGUACCAGCACUGGACAUGAUUGUGAGAGUACUGAAGAAUUGGACGAUAACUUUUCUAAAGAGUUUGGAACAGAAUUCACUCUUCGUCAAGCUAAAUUAAAUGAACAGUUGCAUGAUAUAAACAAAGAAUUAGCUAUGAAAGAAGAACUGAUGAACAAAAUGUCAACCAACGAUGCUCAAUUUCUGGUGAUGAAGGCCAGCUAUGAGAAAGAGAAAAAAGACCUGGAAAUGCACAUAGAUAUCCUGGCUAAAGAGAAGGAUGAACUCAUGCAGCAACUGAAGGCAGCUUCACACUCGGGAGGAAGCAAAGUCUCUGAACAGCGUCGCAAGAGGGUUCAAGAGCUGGAAACAGAGAUUGCAAAGCUCAAACAGAAGCAAAAAGAACACCUAAAGCUAAUGCGCAUGAAGGAUCAGUCUGAACAGAAGGUCAUCAAACUUAAUUCUGAAAUUGUGGCCAUGAAAGCUAACAGAGUUAAGCUGAUUCGGCAGAUGAAGGAAGACAGUGAGAAGUUCAGAGUAUGGAAAGCACAGAAGGACAGAGAGGUUGCCAAGCUGAAGGAAGCAGACCGUCGUAAAGAAUAUCAGAUUGUGAAAAUGGAACGUCUUCACUCCAAACAGCAGAAUGUUCUGAAACGCAAAAUGGAGGAGGCUAUUGCUAUUAACAAGAGACUAAAGGAUGCAGUGGCACUUCAGAAGGCUGGUGCUGAGAAAAGGGCUGCAUCACGAGACAUUGCUGGUACUGGGAACCGUGUCAGGUCGUGGUUGGAGGGAGAGCUGGAGGUGGUGGCUGCCAAGAAGCAGGCAAAGCUGUCUUUGGAAAGCCUUGUUGAGGACCGCAAAACUAUUUCUGACCAGAUUAGUUCACACAAGCGGCAAUUAAAAAGGGGGAACCUGUGUCCAGAAGUGGCAACAGAUGUACAGAAGAAAAUUACUGAACUUGAAAAUGACCUGCAACUGCGAACUGCGCAGAUUAAUGACCUUCAAACCAAGAUUGUAGAUGAUGAUGAAGAUUUUACCAGCAAGAAAAGAUUUGAAUCGAUGCAGAGUAUGAUUGAGGCAAAAUGUGCUAUGAAUUAUCUUUUUGACAUAGCAACCAACAACCAGCUCACCUUGUCUGCACGGGAAAUGGACCUAAAAUAUAUUCAGGCUCAGUAUGAUGAAGUGGCUCAGUCAAUAGAACUCUUGGAAGCAGACAUGGAGAGGUUAAAGGAGAACCAUCGAGCAGAAGUGACACGCAUGGAAAGAGGACACGAGGAGAAGGUGCUCUUCCUUCUUGGACAUAUGCCCAAAACUGAAGGUGAAGUGGGACCAAAUCAGUCUGAAGAGGAUAAUGCUCUCAGAGAAAGAUUAAAGUUCCAGGAAGUUGAAAUUGCUCGCCUUUCUGAAUUACACGAAGAACUUCAGGCAAAGACUCAAGAGUGUGAGCAACUGAAGAAGCAGAUUGGUGACGUUUCAAGCAUUAGAAACGCCCAGGUACCUUUGAACUUGGGCAGAGCAAAUAAUCCCACUAAUGUGAAGUCCAAAGCCAAGAAGGCAGAUGUUGUUUUGCUGUCUUCAGGAACAGAAGACGACGAGGAGGAGGAGGAGGAGGAGGAGGUGGAAUAUAUUACAGAAGAAGAAGCUGUUGAUGAAGAUGAAAAGGAUGAUCCAGAUUGGUGCAAAACACCACUCUUUAAAAAAAUCAAACAGAUAACACAAGGCAUAAGGACUUCACGGGAGAAUGGUGAAAAUGAUGAAGAAAGUGCUGGAAAGAAGACCAGAAGAACUCUUUUGAAGCGCGACUCAAACGGGGACACAAAAUGUGGAUGCAAAGGAGAUUGUUCCAAAAAAAUGUGUGCCUGUCGUAAGAAUGCAACUACUUGUAGCAUGAAGUGUAAAUGUUUACUUGUGAAGUGCAAGAACAGAAAUACGCCAAAUUCAAGCAUAUCAGAUGUCAGCAAAAGUGAUACUCUGCUAAAUUCAACGUUUGACAUCACAGCUCUCCCUCUCCAGGAAAGGAAUAUUAACAAGAGACAAAGAUUAGUCACUGCAUCUCUUUUGGACAAUUUAUCUGGAUCAGAAAAUGUCUCCCCCAAAAGUGGUUUUUCAGCAGUCAAGACCACAUUAGAUUUUGUGGAAUCUCCUAACAUGUUUUAAAGACAGAAAAAUGUUAUAUUGUAUAUUUGAAUUUAAAAGGAUUCGUAGGUUUGUGUUUAAACUUCUUCACUGUUACUAUUUUUUAAACGUAGCAUUGAUCAUCAAACAUCAUUACUCCAUUCCCACUUUCAAAUGGUUGAGAAGCAUGUGCACAGAGAAGAUAGGAGAGCAAUACUAUGAAUCAGAAGGCUAGAGAUAUGUGCAUUGAAAAAUGACACAUUUGCUCAGCAUACCAUGCUGGAGUGCAUCAGAGAAUCGGCACCACCACAUGGCAGCAAAUCAUUCACAGCAACAUUUAGCCUCUACAUAAAACAAGGUGUUAGGUUCAUGUGUUGUGUACAAAUGUGUCAAGCAAGCCUUGUUUCCUGCCACUCUUGCUGCUCUGUUAUCAUCAUCAUCACACCUCCCAACACUCCACCCAUCUUUGUACUCUUCCUUUUCUUAGGUCCUCACAUUAACUUGUAUUAUAUGUUCUUUGCUACACAAUCCUUUUGUUCAGCAUGACUAAACCAUCUUUGCACACAUUCAUCACUCGUACUAUUGUAACAAAUCUACCAGUUAUAGCUAGUUCUCCCAGGUGUAACAAAAGCCUGGAGCUCCCAAGUGCUACACUAGGGGAUACACAAGCUGUUACAUUAAAAAAACAACUGGUGAGUACUGCUCUGAAGCACUCUCCCAUAAUUCCUAUAGAAAGACUGUUCUCUCUCUGCUCUUGCAGAACUAUAUUUGGGUAGCAGCCUCAAUCAGGGUGUGGUAAAAUCACAGCCAAUUGUCAGAUGCAUACAUUGUUGCUGGUUGGUAUUAGAACCUUGUUCAAACCAAACUCAUCCCCAAGGAUACCAGGAAGGAGUAAUGAUAGCUUUAGAAAGUUUAACAACAUUUACAGAAAUAGCAAUAAUGAACUGCAAUAUUCAAAAUAAAAAAAUUAAUCUCGAUAUUGACUGAACUAUGAGGUCUACUUUAAUAUGAAUUUUCCCUGACUUCCGACCUGUUUCUGGUAGCCUGGUACAUGAAGUUUGUACACAAGUUUUUUUUACUGAAGUUCCAUUCUUAGUGAGUCACUCAAAAGCCUUUUCUCAGGCAGUACAUAACUUCAUCAUGCACACAUUAAAUAUCUCUAAUAUUACACGUCAUCAAAAUCAUACAGAUCAAUGGAAGAUUAAAACACAGCCUGGUCUCAAAAUUUACCAUCCACUUGCUGGACAAAUAUAUAUACUGUACCUAUAAAUGAAUCUCAUUUCUAGACAAAUAUAUUUGCACACAAUUGACAUAAUGAAAUAACUUUUGAUCUAACCCACAUAUAAUGCUAUACAUAAAUAUGUACAUUAAAUGAAAAAAUUCACGCAAGGUUUCUUGGAUUAGUUGGCUAUAAACUAGUGCCUUGUUAAGCUACACAUGAUUAAAUUAUGUUUAUCACUCCAAAUCUAAUGUGCCACUACCACAAUAAUAAAAUCACAUUUGUACCAAGUCAGUCUUUUAAGUGUCGGGCUGUUAAUUCCUGGCACCUGUUCUCAUCACUGGCCCACGGAUCUCUCUGCCAACUUCUGCCACGGUUGCACUGUGUCCUCUCAUGUACUAUAUGCCUGUGAAUCUCUACCCAGAUAACCACCAUGUUCAAGGACUAAUUGUAAAAUGCUAAUUUGAAAUAGUUAGCAUUGAAUCACUGUUGCUGUCUGUUAUUCAAUAUGUGCCAGCUCUCACCUGGCUGCUUGGGACUUCCAACACUGGCCCCAACUGAUACUUUAAUGGGCUGAUCCUCACAGUCCCCCUCCCCCCCCCAAUUUCUGCUACACUAAAUAUAGGUUAGUUCAUGACAUAUUUAGGUUAUAUUUCAAUUACUUGCUGCUUCUGGUUCAGUCCUGACGAGCAUCAGGUUGACGAUAUUCCUCCAGCAGUAGUGGAGUGACAGUUGACAAUGUGGUCACUUUAUAAUUCUAGCGUGAAAUGAAAUGAGCUGCCUCGACCAAUCUGUGCACUUUUCUUGCGAGACAUCACUGUUUUGCUUUGUGCUGAUAGGUACUCCGACAACAUUGUCUUAACAAUCAUGACAACCUGGUGUCUUGAGCUUCUUAAAGCUGGUGCCAAAGCUGUCCUUGGCAGGAAAGUGUCCUCGUCUCCCUGAGUCUUCCUUACCACAUAAUUACCUCUUAAAAUUGCAAACACAUCCACACUUAUAUUGCCUAAUUUUAUUUAAAAUAUUCCAGCACAAAUGAUUAAAAUAACAAAUCAAUGGCUAUUGAACAGGAACAACUCUUGCACAGGAGAGACAAGACACUGUCGUUGUCUGUACCUCCUACUCCUCCAUCUGGAAUCUUGAUCUUGGUUUACAGACUUCACUCUAUGUAUGUUCUGUGGCGUAUUCAUUCCUUUUUCAGUCUAGCCUAACACCACAUGUGUACCUCAAAUAUUCAAAUUCUCUUGCUCUAACUUAGAAUUUGUUUACAUACAUGCUUCAACAGUGUUUACACAAGUACAAUAAUGGUAAGCCCUAUCAUUUUCAUGAAAUAAUGCUGUAACUCUUCUUGUUCUUAGCUAAGGCUUUCAUUGUAUCAACCCCUUUCCUUCAGUGACUUGCUCUGCUUUCAUCGUAGACAAGUUACUCUUGUCAGUUAAAAUACAUGAGGUGUAAUAGACAACUAUUUCUAGUCAUCUUUUUUAUCAUGAUCAUUUUCCUUCUCAUCACAUGUAUUUUAUGUCUUCCCUCUCACUUCAACAAAAUUUGCAACGAAUGUAAAUAAAUAUAUCUAAUCAUCAAUCUGUUAAAUGAAUUGCAUCAUAUACAUAAUCAGAUUCACUGUGGAUUAACAGGUAUACUUACAAGGCUGUUUCUUAUUUAUUAAUGUUUAUUUUAUUCAAUAUGCUUUAUGUACAAUAAUUCAUUUUUGCCACUGCAACUUUAUUUGAAUGUAGAUGUGAUAUUCAUGAAACCAAAUUCCAUGAAAGUGUACAGAUCUUUUUUUGUAUAUAUUUUGUAGGGCAUAUGUGUAUCUGCUUUGGUAUUUAAGUUUAUGGUUUUGUAGUGUAUUGUAAUGUAUUUUUAAGUUUUAUGGUUUUGUAAAGAUAAAAUUACAAAUUAGUUCCGUUAUCCAAUAUGGGAUAACUUUGUAACUGCACUGAUCUCUCUUGGAUUACCUAAUGUAACUUUCUUUUAACUUGGUGUACUUAAUUAAAUUAAUUAAAUUAC